AUGUAUUCGUUAGGUUUAGAUAUUGGUACGACAUCCUGUAAAAUUUGUGUUGUUUCAGUAUCAACAACAAAUGAUGAAAAGAAUAAUGUUGUUUUUACUGAACAACUUACUCAUAAUGCUCAUAUUGUUCAAAAAGAAUUUGUUUCCUAUGAUGAACAAUCUCCAGUAAAGAUACUUGAUACUGUGAAUACUCUUCUUGAGAAAUCAGGUAGUUUUAAAGAUGAUAUUGAAAUUAAAUCAGUUCAAAUUUGUGGUCAAAUGCAUGGUUUUAUUCUUUGGUCAUCAAAAUCACCACGUACAAUUGUUUCUUCACUUAUAACAUGGCAAGAUCAACGAUGUUCAACAGAAUUUCUUUCAUCACUUGGAUCAUCCUUAGCACAUUUACGAACAGGUUAUGGUUUAGCUACUUUAUUAUGGUUAAUCAAUCAACAAAAAGGAAAAGAAGAUGAAUUAAUAAAAUAUGAUCGUGCAGGUACAAUUGCUGAUUAUAUUGUUGCAAUUCUUUGUGAAGAUUCAAUAACUAAAUCACAAAUAUCAAAUCAAAUGGCAACUAGUUGGGGUGCUUUAGAUAAUAAAUGGCCUAUUGAACAUCGUUUAUUACCGGAAAUUGUUGAACCAGGUACUAUUAUUGGUUAUUGGAAAAAAAACAUUCCUGUAUAUGUUGCUCUUGGUGAUUUGCAAUGUUCUACAUUUAGUUGUCAACCCAAAGAAAAUGAAGGUAUUAUAAAUAUUUCAACAUCAGCACAACUUGCUUUAGUUGUUGAUCAAAAAUUAUCUACAGUACAAGAUGAUAAUCUUUCAUUAGCAUCAUCAAUGCGUGUUCCUUAUUUUCAAUCAAAAGAUUUAUUAGUUGCUGCUUCACUUAAUGGUGGUAAUAUUCUAUCUGCAUUUGUUCAUUUAAUUAAUUCAUGGCAAUUAUCUUUAAAUAAUAAUAAUAACAAUUCUUCAUUUUCUCUUGAUAUACUUUGGUCUCGAUUAAUUGAACUUGGUCUUCAAUCAACAUCAACUAUUGAGAAUUUAUCUGCUGCUUUAUUUGGUGAACGACAUGAUCCAUCUAUGUCAGCGUCAAUAACAAAUAUUCGUUCAAUUAAUAUGUCACAAUUGAAUGAUAUUGGUUCAGUAUUUCGUUCUGUAUGUCAAUGGAUAAUAAAGAAUUUAUUUGAAAUGUUAGGAGAAGAUUCCCUUAAAAUGAAAGGUAUUAUCGGUACAGGUAGUGCUUUAAUGAGAAAUGGUGUUUUACAACAAGAAUUGAAAAAAAGAGUAAAAUGUCAAGUUAUAUUUAAUGAACAUUCCGAUGCUGCUUAUGGCUCUGCUCUAUUUGCUUUGAUGCAAUAA